AUGGCAUACGGGCGAGGAGGUGCGGGUAAUUAUUAUGCAGCUAAAGAAGAGAGUAAGAAGGCUGCCGAGGACAUUGAGGCAAACCAUUCUGGUUCAUCCGUGACUCCAGCCACAGCGCAGCCCUCUAAUGCAUCGCAAAGUUAUGCACACAUGGGCCGGGGCGGGGCAGGCAACUGGUAUCAGCCUACUGAAUUGCAGAAAGACGGUACCUUCACUCAACCUGGCGAUUCUACUGCUAUACCUACAUCUCCUACCCCACAGGUUAGCACGCCAUGGCAUCCUGAGGGCCAGGAGUUGCCUAUUGCGAGGAGCGGAAGAGGUGGAGCAGGUAAUUUUGUAUGGAAGAGCGAAGAAGUGGGAAAGAAAGAAAGAGAGGUCGAAGACGCUACCAAAGAGGGAUUGCGCGAGCAGGCAGAAAGGAGUGUUGAAGCAGAAUUGGCUAAGCCACCUGGUGCACUGCUUGGGAAGAAGACCGAGAAGGGCUGGUAA